UUUCACUCAUUCAGGUACUAUGAGAAGAGACACAACAACAACAACAACAACAACACUAGAGUGAGAAAAUGGAGCUUCAGGACACUGCUGCAAGCCGUGUGUCAAUUGGAUUUCCUUUGGGCUUAGCCCUUCUCUUUGUCUGUUUAAUCUUCAUGUGUGGCUUCUUUUGCUGCUGCUUACAUUGGACUAAGCUUCAAUCUUUUCUUCGAUCUCAUGGAAUCAUCAACACUCAAUCUUUGGAACAGACUCAAUUACAAGCUGAAUUGGCUUCCCCCUAUCAGAAACCAGCUUUUCCUGUUGUGAUGAUGAAGCAGAAUUAUGCAAAGGCUUUGCCUGUGUUGAUGCCAGGCGAUGACAUCCCGAAAUUCAUAGCCACGGCAUGUCCAUGUGAGCCUCCAAGAGAUGAAAGGAUCACAAUCCUUGUGCAGAAGGAAGAAGCUACUGAUUUAUGCAGUAGUGGCAACUAAAAGAGUUUAUGGUUUCAAGCCUUGAAGAAUUCAGGGUACUAUACAUUUACUAUAUAUGUUGGAACUUCUCAAUUUACAACGGCUAAUAGCUCUUAGCUUAAUUAAUUUGUGAGCAGUGAGAUACUAGCUAGGCCAAGCAAGCACAAUGAACUAAGAUGCCAUACCAUAGCUUUUUGCUGAAUGAGAUGAUAGACCAAGCACACUGAAGGUGUUGUAAGAUACAAAGUUUGAAGCCCAUUUGAAUUUUUUUGUUAGAAUGGGAAGAAAACGGUUGAAAUUGAAACAUCAACCUGUCUCUUUUAUUUUAUUUUAUUUUUCUUUUCAAAAGCUGAUUCAGGGACGCUUUUUUUAUCUACUCCUUUCAAGUUCAAACUAAAGUUUUGAAUAUGGAGCUUAUUGGAAUAAUAUGUGUUUAUUAUGAA